GCCAUAUUGGAACGAGGCAGAGGACAGGAGAAAGACGGGGGGUAACGUUUUAAAUUUACUUGGAAGAACUAGGAAAAGGUGAGAUUCACUUGGAUCAAAGUGGUUUUAGCUAAUGCUAAUACAGUCUCUUGGGUGGUGUUGGGAACACAGUAGGGGCAUCAUGAACCCCGAGACACAGGAAUCUGAAGGCGGCUCUGAACUGGAGUCUGACUUCAACUGGGAUGAAUAUCUAGAGGAGAAUGGAGUAUUGGCGGUUCCACAUCACGCCUUCAAACAUGUAGACCGCAGCCUGCAGACAGGGCUGGCUCCAGGGAUGAGUUUGGAGGUGUGUGUGCGUUCGGAGCCUGACCAACCCUACUGGGUGGCAACCAUCAUCACCACCUGUGGCCAACUGCUGCUGCUGCGCUACGAGGGUUACCACGAUGACCGACGAGCAGACUUCUGGUGUGACAUCAUGAACUCUGACCUCCACCCUCUGGGCUGGAGCAGACAGCACAGGCAACCAAUGAGACCGCCUGAGGGUGUCCGUGAGAAACAUGCUGACUGGAAUGCUGUCCUAGAGGAGGCUCUGGCUCAGGGAGGGAGUGCACCAGCACACCUACUGGAGGGGGCCCAGACAGGGGGAGACCUGUUCCCCCUGGGGUGGUGUGUGGAGCUGCAGGACAGUGUAGACCCGGGGGUGGCCUGGGGGGCCCAGGUGGAGGACAACGUAGGGGGCCGGCUGUGUCUGCGCUACACUGGGACGGAGGGGCUCACCCAGUCACAGACCAGGCGCUGGGUAUUCUACCUGGACCCCCUUUUACACCCACCUGGCUGGGCUGAGGAGAACAGCUUCUCUCUCACCCCACCUGCUGUGCUUCGUGGUUUGCGCAGCGAGACAGAGUGGGAGGAGGUGAGAAAGAACAUUAGACAGCCUAAAGAAGAGGCCAUCAAUGAAGACUUCUUUAAGGACAGGCCAGUCCUCUCUCCUCACUGCUUCUCUGAGGGGAUGAAGUUAGAGGCAGUGGACCCCGCUGCCCCCUUCAACACCAGCCCAGCUACUGUCACCAAGGUGCUGAGCGACCAGUACUUCAGGGUGCAGAUGGACAGCCUGCAGGGAGAGAGUGAAGGGGCGGGGCCUGGCUUAUCCUUACUCUGUCACUAUGGGAGCACCGGAAUCUUCCCUGCCCAAUGGAGCCUUAAAAAUGGGGUACCCCUCAGUCCCCCUCCAGGUUACCAGGGCCAGAACUUUGACUGGGUGGAUUAUCUGAAACAGUGUGGAGCGGAAGGAGCGCCAGAGAGCUGUUUCCCCGUGGUGUUUUCUCCCCAGGGGCAGAGUGAUCAUGACUUUGUUGAGUCCAUGAGGCUGGAGGCGGUGAAUCCUGUCUCUCCUGAGCAAGUUCACGUGGCAACCGUAACCAGGGUCAGAGGUCAGCACAUCUGGUUGCAUCUGGAAGGGUUGAAGCAGCCUCUCCCUGACAUCAUCACUCAUGUGGACUCCCUGGACAUCUUUCCAGUCAGCUGGUGUGAGAGUAAUGGCUAUCCCCUCCAACACCCCUACAAACCUAGAGCUCAGAGGAAGAGCCGUGUGGCCGUGGUGCAACAAGAGAAGCAAUCUCCACUUAAAGCCACGGCCCCUGAUGCAGCGAGGCAGCAGGAUCUGAACCAAUCGGAGAACGCAGCUCAGGGUAACGGGAAGUACAGCUGCCCAAAGAUCUAUUUCAACCACCGCUGUUUCUCUGGCCCCUACCUGAACAAGGGCCGUAUCGCUGAGCUGCCCCAGAGCAUUGGCCCUGGCAACUGUGUCCUGGUGCUGAAAGAGGUGUUGACUCUGCUGAUCAGCUCGGCCUACAAGCCCAGCCAGGUGCUGAGGGAGCUGCAGCAGGACCCAGAGCUCAGGGGGCACGGCCAGGGAGAGACUCUGAAGGCCAAGUACAAAGGGAGGAGUUACCGGGCCACUGUGGGGAUUGCCCGUACAGCUGACCAGGUGGCUGAGUUCUGCAGGAAGACGUGUGUGAGGCUGGAGUGCUGCCCCAACCUGAUCGCACCUCACAUGGUGCUGGAACACUGCUCGGAGAACUGCUCCCUUCUCACCAAGACCAAAUACACUCAUUACUAUGGUAAGCAGAAGACCAAGCGAAUCAGCCUUCCCCUUGGCGGUUACAACAACCUGGAGAGCAGCACCAAGCAGGGGAGCAGGAGGAAGAAGAGAAAGCCCCUAUUUGUCCACAAGAAGAAACACCUGUCUACCUCUGUAGACAGCACUCCUGCUGGCUCCCCACUGGCUAGUGGAGAAGAGGAGGACCUGGAUCAGGACUACUCUCUGAGUGAGGAGGACUCAGGCUCAGAGCCGCAGGAUGACUAUGAGGUAUCAGAGAGGAAGUCCCAGCCCCCCUCUCCCUCCCCCUGUCCCACCCCUACAGAACCUCGCCCCCGGAACAGACCCCGUCGCCAGCGCAGGAAACCCGCCCGCUCACCCUCCUACUCAGACGAUGAGAGCGGGCCCACCUUACCUAAGAGUGGGCGGGUGGAGGUGCAGGAGAAGCUGCAUCUGGACAGCAGUCCACUGGGCUGGAGCAUCACUGAUGUGACCCGAUUCAUCAGAACUACUGACUGUGCCCCGCUGGCACGCAUAUUCAGGGACCAGGAGAUAGAUGGCCAGGCCCUGCUGUUGCUGAGCCUGCCCACAGUACAGGAGUGUAUGGGGCUGAAGCUGGGCCCUGCCAUCAAACUGUGCCACCUUAUAGAGAGGGUCAAACUGACCUUUUACCAGCACUUUGCCAGCUGAGGAGUGUGUGUGUGUGUGUGUGUGUGUGUGUGUGUGUGUGUGUGUGUGUGUGUGUGUGUGUGUGUGUGUGUGUGUGUGUGUGUGUGUGUGUGUGUGUGUGUGUGUGUGUGUGUGUGUGUGUGUGUGUGUGUGUGUGUGUGUGUGUGUGUGUUUGGUCUCAUUACUAAGCCAUAUCACAUCCAGCGUUGUUGUAAUGUACAGUAUGUGCUGCUCCAGGAUGGACACAGCUUAUAGCCUCAGCUGUUCACCCUGGAAUGUGACUGGAUUCUGUAUCUUUCAGGGAUUUAAUGUUUACAGUGCCUUCAGAUAGUAUUCACACCCCUUGACUUAUUAUACAUUUUGUUGUUCAGGCUGAAUUCAUAACGGAUUAAAUUGAUUUAUUUUCUCACCCAUUUACACACAAUAGCCCAUAAUGACAAAGUGAAAACAAGUUUUUAUAUCUAAUUUACAUAAGUAUUUUCACCCCUUAGUCAAUGUUAGAAUCACCUUUGGCAGCGAUUACAGCUGUGAGUAUUUCUGGGUAAGUCUCUAAGAGUUUUCCACACCUGUAUUGUUCAGUAUUUGUAAUUUUUUUUUAUUAUUUGAGCUCUGUCAAGUUGGUUGUUGAUCAUUGCUAGACAGCCAUUUUCAAAUCUUGCCAUAGGUUUUCAGGCUCAUUUAAGUCAAAGCUGUAACUAUGCCACUCAAGAACAUUUAAUGUCAUCUUGGUAAGCAACUCCAGUGUAUACAGUUGAAGUCAGAAGUUUCCAUACACCUUAGCCAAAUACAUUUAAACUCAGUUUUUCACAAUUCCUGACAUUUAAUCCUAGUAACAAUUCCCCGUCUUAGGUCAGUUAGGAUCACCACUUUAUUUUAAGAAUGUGAAAUGUCAGAAUAAUAGUAGAGAGAAUGAUUUAUUUCAGCUUUUAUUUCUUCCAUCACAUUCCCAGUGGGUCAGAAGUUUACAUACACUCAAUUAGUAUUUGGUAGCAUUGCCUUUAAAUUGUUAAACUUGGGUCAAACGUUUCGGGUAGUCUUCCACAAGCUUCCCACAAUAAGUUGGGUGAAUUUUGGCCUAUUCCUCCUGACAGAGCUGGUGUAACUGAGUCAGGUUUUUAGGCCUCCUUGCUCACACACGCUUUUUCAGUUCUGCCCACAAAUGUUCUAUGAGAUUGAGGUCAGGGCUUUGUGAUGGCCACUCCAAUACCUUGACUUUGUUGUCGUUAAGCCAUUUUGCCACAACUAUGCUUGGAGUCAUUGUCCAUUUGGAAAAUCCAAUUGCAACCAAGCUUUAACUUCCUGACUGAUGUCUUGAGAUGUUGCUUCAAUAUAUUCACAUAAUUUUCCUCCCUCAUAAUGCCAUCUAGUUUGUGAAGUGCACCAGUCUCUCCUGCAACAAAGCACCCCCACAACAUGAUGCUGCCACCCCCGUGCUUCACGGUUGGGAUGGUGUUCUUCGGCUUGCAAGCAUCCCCCUUUUUCCUCCAAACAUAACGAUGGUCAUUAUGGCCAAACAGUUCUAUUUUUGUUUCAUCAGACCAGAGGACAUUUCUUCAAAAAGUACGAUCUUUGUCCCCAUGUGCAGUUGCAAACUGUAGUCUGGCUUUUUUAUGGCAGUUUUGGAGCAGUGGCUUCUUCCUUGCUGAGCGGCCUUUUAGGUUAUGUCGAUAUAGGACUCAUUUUACUGUGGAUAUAGAUACGUUUGUACCCGUUUCCUCCAGCAUCUUCACAAGGUCCUUUGCUGUUGUUCUGGGAUUGAUUUGCACUUUUCGCACCGCAGUACGUUCAACUCUAGGAGACAGAACACGUCUCCUUCCUGAGCGAUAUGACGGCUGCGUGGUCCCAUGGUGUUUAUAUUUGCGUACUAUUGUUUGUACAGGUGAACGUGGUACCUUCAGGCGUUUGGAAAUUGCUCCCAAUGAGGAACCAGACUUGUGGAGGUCUACAAUGUUUUUUUCUGAGGUCUUGGCUGAUUUCUUUUGAUUUUCCCAUGAUGUCAAGCAAAGAGGCACUGAGUUUGAAGAUAGGCCUUGAAAUACAUCCACAGGUACACCUCCAAUUGACUCAAAUUAUGUCAAUUAGCCUAUCAGAAGUUUCUAAAGCCAUGACAUCAUUUUCUGGAAUUUUCCAAGCUGUUUAAAGGCACAGUCAACUUAGUGUAUGUAAACUUCUGACCCACUGGAAUUGUGAUACAGUGAAUUAUAAGUGAAAUAAUCUGUCUGUAAACAAUUGUUGGAAAAAUUACUUGUCAUGCACAAAGCAGAUGUCCUAACCGACUAGCCAAAAGAAAUUUGUGGAGUGGUUGAAAUUAGUUUUUAUGACUCCAACCGAAGUGUAUGUAAACUUCCGACUUCAACUGUAUAUGGCCUUGUGUUUUAGGUUAUUGUCCUGCUGAAAGGUGAAUUUGUCUCCCAGUGUCUGUUGGAUAGCAGACUAAUCCAGGUUUUCCUCUAGGUUUUUGCCUGUGCUUAGCUCGAUUCCAUUUAUUUGUAUCCCUAAAAAUACAUCCUAGUCCUUGCCAAUGACAAACAUACCUAUAACAUGAUGCAGCCACCACCAUGCUUGAAAAUAUGAACUGGUACUCAGUGAUGUGUUGUGUUGGAUUUGACCCAAGCAUAACUGUCACGCCCGGGCCUUAGUUAUCAUUGUUUUCUUUAUUAUUUUAGUUAGGUCAGGGUGUGACAUGGGGGAUGUUUGUGUGUUUUUGUCUCUUCUAUGGUGUUUGUAUUGUCUAGGGGGUGUUUGUAGAGUUCAUGGGGUUGUGUUCAGUGUAGGUGUUUAUGUAAGUCUAUUGUUGCCUAGAUUGGUUUUCAAUUAGAGACAGCUGUCUAUCGUUGUCUCUGAUUGGGAGCCAUAUUUAGGCAGCCAUAGUCAUUAGGUAGGUUGUGGGUGAUUGUCUAUGUGUAAGUUGCCAGUGUCUGCACUUAUUUGUUUGUAUAGCUUCGCGGUCGUCUGUUUGUUGUUUUGUUUAGUUUGUUUUUGACACGUUCCUGACCUGUUUUCUGUUGUUUUGUAUGUGUGUGAUGGUCAGGGCGUGAGUUUUGGGUGGGCAGUCUAUGUUUUCUGUUUCUAUGUUGGUUUUGGGUUGCCUGGUAUGGCUCUUAAUUAGAGGCAGGUGUUUUGCGUUUUCCUCUAAUUGAGAGUCAUAUUAAGGUAGGGUGUUCUCACUGUUUGUUGGUGGGUGAUUGUCACUGUGUCUGUGUUUGUUGCACCACACGGUACUGUCUUGUCUCGGUUGUUCCUGUUUAUGUGUUCCUCGUUUCAUGUAAGUUCAUAGUUUAGGUCUGUCUAGUUCGUUUUGUUGUUUUGUAAAAUUAUUCAAGUGUUCUUCGUGUGUUUAGUUUCGUCUUGUUAAAUAAAGUUCAUUAUGUAUUCACAACCCGCUGCGCCUUGGUCAACUCACUCACCGAAAGAGAGCCGUUACAGUUUUAGUGUUAUUCCUCUUUCUUAAAUAAAUACAUAAUGUAUUUAUAUCACGCUGCGCCUUGGUCCUCUCUUUCACCCGAAGACGAUCGUGACAAUAACGCUUUGUAUUCAGAACAUAAAGUUAAUUUCUUUGCCAAUUUUUUGCAGUUUUACUUUAGUGCCAUAUUGCAGACAGGGUGCAUGUUUAGGAGUUUAUUUUUUCUGUACAGGCUUUCUUCGUUUCACACUGUCAUUUAGGUUAGUAUUGUGGAGUAAAUACAAUGUUGUUUAUCCAUCCUCAGUUUUCUCCUAUCACAGCCAUUAAACUCUGUAACUGUUUUAAAGUCACCAUUGGCCCAUGGUGAAAUCCCUGAGCGGUUUCCUUCCUCUUCGGCAAUUGAGUUAGGAAGCACACCUGUUUCUUUGUAGUGACUGGGUGUAUUGAUACACCAUCCAAAGUGUAAUUAAUAACUUCACCAUGCUCAAAGGGAUAUUCAAUGUCUGCUGUUUUUUUUUUUUUUUUUUUUUCAUCUACCAAUAGGUGCCCUUCUUUGUGAGGCAUUGGAAAACCACCCUGGUUGAAUAUGUUUAAAAUUCACUGCUCAACUGAGGGACCUUACAGAUAAUUGUAUGUGUGGGGUACAGAGAUGAGGUAAUCUUUCAAAUAUGAUGUUAAACACUUAAUUGCACACAGUGUGAGUCAAUGCAACUUAUUAUGUGACUUGUUAAGUAAAUGUGUACUCCUGAACUUAUUAAUGCUUGCCAUAACAAAGGGGUUGAAUACUUAAUGGCUCGAGACAUUUCAGCAUAGAAUUUUACAUAUAUAUAUAUUUUUAUUCAAACAAUUCCACUCUGACAUUAUGUGGUAUUGUGUGUAGGCCAGUGACACAUCUAAAUUUAAUCCAUUUUCAUUUUAGGCUGUAACACAAGCAUAAUAAUAUGUGACAUUUAGCAGACUUAGUCAUGCAUACAUUUUACGAACCCACAACCCUGGCGGUGCAAGCACCAUGCUCUACCAACUGAGCCUUACAGAACCACAAAAUGUGGAAAAGAUCAAGGAGUGGUGUGACUACUUUCUGAAGGCACUGUAUGUGUUUGUUUACCAUUUGUUUGUGUACGAUUAGAUACAUAGUGGAGGGGAAUUGAAAAGCACAAGAUAAUUGUAUGGAGUCAUGAUGGAAUUCUUUUUCAUCCAUCCAUGACUGAGCUAUUCAGGGUAUAAUGAACACCCAAGGUAAAGUAUGUCAACAAAAUACAUCUGGAUUCCUGUUUAGGUACUAGUUCACCCCUCAUUGUGAAACAGUAAAAAUAUGAAUAAUGUGAAUAACAAACGGCACCUAUUGUGGGGAGACAUUUGCACUAUCGCAGCUAGGUUUUUACAUUGGUCUAUAGGGCUAUGUUAUCAAUUUGACUGACUACUUGAAUAUAAAUAGCAGCUCAGACGUUUGGGUCCGGUUUCCAACACACAGAUUAAGCCUAGUCCUAGACUAAAAAGCAUGUUCAAUGAAGAUUCUCCAUUGAAAGUUGUUCUUAGUCCAGGACGAGUCUUAAUCUCUGUGAAAUCGGCCAUUGGAUUGUGAUUCAUUGCAUUUUAAAUGCAUCCUAUUAGAUUCUCAAGGGGUUAGGCUGUUCUUAACCUUUUGUCUAUAUGAUGACUAUGAUGAUUGUCAAUUUAGUUGUGUGUAGUAUAGUAAGUCACUCAUUCUGUGGCCAUGGGGUGUACGACAGCGUUAUAAGAUGGUCCUGACAAUUAUUGACAUCUCGGUUCAUACAAAUAUUUUUAUAGAUUGUUGAGGACCUGUCUGUCCUCAUUUUACCUCUUGUAUAUUGCAGCUUGAUCAAAGUAUAAACGUAUGUUUUUACAGGUAUUUCUAAAGAUUAAAUAUAAACUAUGCUCGGAAGCAUUCUGUAGAUGGCUUUGAGUAGGCUAAAACAUGUCUUGUUUUUAUUUAUGUAAUGUUUUUGAGGAUAAUAUGAUACACUAAUGCUAUAUCUAAAAAACGAACGGUACUGAAGGCAAAGCUGAAGAACUUUUGUUAAAUGUAAUAUUACCUUUUUGUUAGUUCUGUAUAUGGUUCAGGUUGGUUUUGUUGAAAAACAAAAUGUGCCAUGUUUGAGACAUUCCCUGUUAUUUAUGUGUCCGUUUUCACAUUCCACAUCAGCUUGGUUUUUCAUUCAGGGCUGUCAUUCUCGUUCACUAUAUCGAUUACACUUGAUUUUACAUCCCUGUUGCUCAUGUUGAAAAUAAGUGUUGGUGGUUAAUGUAAACUUAAGGGGUUUCUCAUGAAACAAUCAAAAAUGUAAAUGGUUAUUAUUGGUUUGUGGAUGUUUCCAAUGUGAAUAUGUUUACAGAAUGAUCAUUUUUAAAAGUUAUUGCUUUUGAAACUCAUAAAAUUAUAAACUGAUUUUCUUAUA